AAAAUGGCUGCGCCCACCAUCAACAAUCCGAGCUGCUGUCAAAGAACUUUCUGAUGGUUUGGGAAAGUUUAUUUGUAAAAGCAUGAUUCAAGCGUAGACCAUGGAGGUUGAGGGAAAGCUUGUUGAUUUUUCGAGCUGUUUACCUGAUGAGGUGCUGCUUCACUUGUUAUCCUAUGUUGAUUUUAAAGAUCUUUGCAGGUUGGGAUGUGUUUGUCAGCAUUUACAAAGUUUAGUACACAGUGAUAAAUUGUGGAGGAGAUUAUGUCACACCUACUGGCUCCUAGAUACCAUACCCGAAACAGAAGAUGACACUUCUGCCAGCUGGUACACAACUUUCAAAGAAUGGUAUCAGAACCUCGGCCAGUUCAUUGAUUGUUACGCUACGAUCAAAGGGUACUGGAAUAGAAUAGAAGAUUCAUUGAAAGAAAGAGGAGCCAUCAACAUCUUCAAGUCUCUAAGGGGUCCAUUAGAACCCCAGAAUGAUCAACUCUCAGGUAAAGAAGAGAACAUUGACAUCCCAUUGGAUUUACUAUGUUCACUUCACGUUCACAACGGUCAGACGAUACCUACCGAUGGCGAUGAUACAGUAACUAUUGGCUUAGGAGGUACAUUAAGUCUGUAUGACUACAGUAGCUCACCAUCUCUGCUGAGUUAUGAGGAGAUCCUAACGUUGAUCCAAGACGGAAAUGAAGAUCAGGAAAAUAAUCUGAAGACCUUGACUGUAUUGAGAUGUCCAUUCAACAGAACAACGAUACGGAUGUGCCUGGACUCUACAGGAGAAUUCCUGCGGGGUUUUAUGUUCUAUCGUCAACACAACUUUUUGCAUAAUUUCUUCCAUGGGGUGGCACACAAAGGAUUUUUCUUGUCAGCAGAGAGUUUUACUGACUGGUUGUCACAACUUGCAGACAGACUAUCUGAUCCAGGGACUAUGGUGCAUCCUACUGGGUUAUUCAGAUUUUACCAUGAGCCAUCUUGCUUAGCAGUGACCGAUGAUGUCAAGGUUACCGUAGCAACGACCUUUGUUCCUGAGCUCAGUGAAACACUAAACAGACCCAAGAGAAUGUUCUCUUAUCACAUCACCAUGGAGAUGGACAAGGAUGUUCAUAAAAAAAAAACCUGUCAGCUGUUAACCAGGCACUGGGAAGUGAUAGACGGUAAUGGUAAAGUUGAAACAGUCGUUGGAGAUGGCGUUAUUGGCGCUUUUCCGAUUAUUAAGCCUGGGACUAAGUACUCCUGGACGAGCUGUACAACGUUCGAUACCGUCUCUGGCUCCAUGGGUGGUCACUUCUCGAUGGUCAAUCUUCAAACUCAGGAAAUAUUUGAAGUGAAAUGUCCCACGUUUCACAUGACUGGUCUCCCUUUCUUGAGACUGUCCGAGAGCGAACUGUUUGAUGGAGAUAAUGUGGUGGUAUAAAGCAAGGCAACUCAACAGACUCAAGAUUGAUGAUAGUUCCAAUGUCAUUCAGUUUAAUCUGGUGAUGAAACCAAUGGUACCCUAUGAGGCAACUUGGAGGCAACCAACUGCAGUGCAUGCUACAGGACCAGUUUGGUGGCACAGGAGUCAUUCUUUUUACAAAAGUUCAGGGCUGUAUGCUUCGUUUUUGAAAGGGCAAGGGCACCAAGGCAUUUUCUCUUUGGCAAAGGGCACC